AUGCAACCAUUAGGUUGGAAUCCGGACGACCUCCGUACCAAGUUCACCGAGGCAUUGUCUGAUAUGUAUCGGGCAGAAGUCCCUCUUUAUGGAGACCUUGUCCAAAUCGUGAGAGAUGUUGAUAGCUCUGUGCUCAAGGCACAAGGGAAACAUCCCGAAGAACUCGCAUUUCGCAAUCAACUGGAGCGCCAUGGUGCAAUUCGACUCGGAACUAAAGGCGAGAUGCGAAUGAUCAAACGGCUCUUUGCUAUUCUCGGCAUGCAUCCUGUGGGAUACUAUGACCUGAAAAUUGUCGGAUUUCCUAUCUAUGGCACUGCCUUUCGGCCCGUCGAUGCCGAUGCCCUUAGCAAAAACCCAUUUCGGGUUUUUACGACUCUCUUACGAAAAGAUCUGCUCUCCUCCGACAUUCGAGAAACAGCCGAUAGCAUCUUAAGUCGACGGAACAUAUUCACGCCACGGCUGAGUGAUAUCAUAGAUCACGCUGAAAACCACAACACGUUGUCCGCGCAGCAAGUCGAUAGUUUCAUCACUGACGCAUUGAAAAUUUUCAAAUGGCAUUCUAAGUCAAACGUCUCCAUUGACGACUACCUGAAAGUCAAAGCAGAGCACACGAUAGUGGCCGAUAUCGUCUGCUUUCCAAGUGCCCAUAUCAACCAUCUGACUCCAAGAACCCUCGACAUUGACCAUGUCCAGAAGGAGAUGAUUCGGCGGGGCCUCCCAGCAAAGGACGUGAUUGAGGGCCCCCCAAAACGCCAGUGCCCUAUUCUACUACGUCAAACGAGCUUCAAAGCACUUGAAGAGCGAGUAGACUUUGCCACGGGUAACGGUCAGGUCAUCCGUGGUACCCAUGCCGCGCGCUUUGGUGAAGUUGAACAGCGAGGUGCAGCCGUGACUAGAAAAGGACGGGAGCUCUAUGACCAGUUGCACUCGUUUGCAGUUCAAGCUGCGACCAAUGUUUCCAGUGACAAAUUCAGCGACAUUCUCCACAAUUCUUUUCAACAGUUUCCCGAUACAUGGGAGGAGCUUCGGGUCCGUGGGCUUGUCUACUUUCACUACAGUGUAACGCAAGCAGGAAGAGAUGGAGUGGAAGAAAGAAUGUUGACUCCACGGGUUACUCUGACGCGUCUGCUACAACUGGGACACAUCGAAUACGAGCCAAUCACCUACGAAGACUUCCUACCUUUCUCUGCCGCUGGUAUCUUCAAGUCGAACCUUCUUGAUCACUCUAUGGCAUUGCCUACCCAGGAGACUGUCUCUAGUACAGCCGAGCUGGAGAGUAUUCUGGGUUGUACAAUUUUAGAUGAGAUUGACUUCUAUCAGCAUCUCCAGGAUGACAGCAUAGAGCUUUGUAGGGGAGAACUUGGGCUGGUGGAAAUAAUGCAGGACUGA